AUGGGAUGGGUUGAAGAAGGAACUUUAACAGACUUCUUGAAACCGAAUCUUUGUUUUAAUGAGGAAGGAGAUGAUGAGUUGGAGACGGUGCUAUAUAGUAAUGGUUAUUUUAACUCCUCUUUUGGUGAAGAAAAAGAAGAAGAUUUUAAUUCCAAGCUAGUUAUUCCCCAAGCGCUCAUAAACCUCUCACAUGGUUUGGAUAUGAGGGCUAAGAACGUAGCUGUGACUAGUCACAUGCUAAAUAUGAGAAUCUAG